AUGAACACUUUGAAAGUCUUUGUUGCUCAGUUCCCAUCACUCUGUUCCAUUAUCACAUUUAAACUAACCUUGUAUUUUUCUCAACCCACACUGCUUCUCUUGCUCUGUCAAACAAGAUCCUUCUGUCUAGAUCAUUCUCUUUCAAAGCAGCUUUGUCUCUUUCUGACCCCUCCCUCAGCUAUGUCUAUCUCUCUGCCCCUUAAAUCUAUUUUGUAUAUUUCUCUUUCCCUCUUCCUCAAUUGUUGCUUCUUUUCAACUCUCUUGAAACAGCUUUUGCUAUCCCUUUCUCAUCAAGUUUGCAUCUCCCUUUCUUGUGAGCUUUGUGUCUCUCACUUUUUUGAGCCAGAUUUGCAUCUUUCCCUCUCUCUUGAGGUAGCUUUGCAUCUCCCUUCUUACCUCUCUCUCUCGGGCUUUGCAUCUCUCCUUCUGUCUAUCUCUCUCACUCUCUCUGCAGCUUUGCGUCUCCCUCCCUACCACUCUCCCUCUCUCUCUCUCUCUCUCUCUGAAAUUUUGCAUCUCCCUCCUUCUCUUGCUCUCUUGAGGCAGUAUUGUGUAUUCCUCCCUCUCUCUCUCACUAUCUUUGCAGCUUUGUAUCUCUCUCCUUCACGCUUUCUCGAGGCAGCUUUGUGUCUCCCUCCCUGUCUUUCUCAAGGCAGCUUUGCAUCUUCUCCCCACCCUCUCAAGGAAGCUUUGCAUAUCCCUCCCUCUUUUGUGUGCAGCUUUGCAUCUGUCUCACUCUCUCCCUCACUCGAGGCAGCUUUGCAUCUCCUUUCCUUGCAUCUCCCUGCCUCUCUCUCAAGGUAG